AUGGAAUCAUCUUCACAAAGCAUUUUCGAGCUUUGUAAAGAGCUGGAAUCCGCAUUGAUGGGGAAGCAAGUAAGACUACCCAUUAUCGCAUAUAAGCACAUUCUUCAUGUCCGAGAAGAUGUUUUACCGUAUACUCCUUUCGAUGAAAAAGAGCUGUUGUAUCAUAUUAAAGAUGUUAUUAUUAUUGAGAAUGAUGUAGAUUCUCCAAAAGUACUUUCCAAAGUUUGUCGUUUAUAUGGAGAUGUUCUGAAAACUGCGGAGAGACGAGAAAAUAAUAUAAAGUUACUCAACUUAUUGUACCUACUAUCGAAAUCGAACUGCUGCCAAAAGAAACACCGCAAAAGGUUGUUUCCAUAUAGUCUGGAGAACUCUUGGUUCAGCCCAUCUCUGAAGGAUGCUCCGGAGCAGCCAUCAUAUCAGGAUGAUGGAGGCCAAUCAUGCUGGAAAACGUCAGUAGCACCGAAAGUUGACAGUUCUCCUGAGGAAAAGAACGAUUUUUAUCCAUCUGUCUCCAAAAAGAGCUAUCUUACAUUUUAA